AUGGAAAAGGCAUUCCGGAAAUACGGCUGGGCAAACGCUAGCAACAGCACAUCCGCCGCCGCCGCCAACGGGACGGAGAACGGAGAGGUAGCAGCGAGUCCCGAGGACAACGCAGCGCUGUUCCUAUCCCCCGUCACCAUCGGCGGGCAGCAGUUCAACCUCGACUUCGACACGGGCUCGUCCGACCUCUGGGUCUUCAGCACCCUGCUCCCCCGACAAGCCAUCGGCGCCCACGCCGCCUUCAACCCCAAGAAAAGCCCGACCUUCACGCCCAUGCAGGACGCAAGCUUCCUCGUGCAGUACGGCGACGGAAGCGGUGCCGCAGGGCUCGUAGGCACCGACACGGUCGACAUCGGCGGCGCGACCGUCACAGAGCAAGCCGUCGAGCUCGCAACAGCCGUGUCGCAGUCGUUUGUCCAGUCCGUGAAUACCGACGGGCUCGUCGGGCUGGCGUUUGGGAAGCUCAAUACUGUCUCAACAAACCAAACCCCCACCCCACAAAAGACCUUUUUCGAAAACCUCCUCCCGCACCUCGACGAGCCGGUUUUCACCGCCGACCUGACCGACGACGCCAGCGGCACGUACGAGUUCGGCCGCAUCGAUAGGUCGCGCUUUGACCCGCCCGGCGCCGAGCUCGUCUGGCUGCCCGUCGACAGCAGCGCGGGGUUCUGGCAGAUUGAGAGUGGGAGCUUUGCGGUAGAUGGCAAGGUCAUGGUUGCGCCGGAUGCGGGGCCGGCGAUUCUUGACACAGGCACAACCCUCCUCCUCACCACCCCCUCCACAGCAGCAACAUACUACGCCGCCGUCCCGGGCGCCACCCUCGACUCCACCGCCGGCGGCUACGUCUAUCCCUGCGCCACCUCUCCCCUACCUUCUUUCUCCAUCGCGCUUGGGCCCGGGACUACGAACACAGAUAGCACAAAUACCACGGCUACAACAUUCAUGGCCGAAAUCCCAGGCGACGCGAUGACGUUCGCACCGGUAGACGAGGCGAACACGACGUGUUUUGGCGGGGUGCAGGGGAAUGGUGGUGCGGGGGUGCAGGUUUUUGGGGAUGUGUUGUUGCGGAGGGUGGUUGUUGUUUUUGAUGGGGUUGGGGAGAGGGUGGGGGUUGUGGGGAAGGGGGUUUGA